GAUUAUGUAGUGAUUGCAUCAGCCUGAAACCAAAAUACAUGGGAAGAAAAAACUGGUUAUGUUCUAUUCUAAGUAACAAGGCAAUCUGUAAUACAGCACAUAAAAAGGAUCAAAUGCAUCCCACUAGCAGUGUAAAAUAUUUGAACAGAGUUAGAUUAACAAUCUAAAAUACUAGAGUGAAAUCUACUAUGCUACCUCCUUCAAAUAGCAAGCUGUUAUUGGCUUCAGGCAAUGACGGCGUUGAGUUUGGUUCCGCGAAAUACUAUGCUUUGUGUGGGUUUGGAGGCAUACUGAGCUGUGGACUGACACACACCGCUGUCGUCCCUCUGGAUAUUGUGAAAUCCAGAAUACAGGUUGACCCUGAAAAAUAUCGGAACAUGUUCCAUGGGUUUAGGGUCACUGCAGCUGAAGAAGGUAUUCGUGGUUUUGUGAGAGGAUGGGCUCCAACAUUCAUAGGUUACUCAAUGCAAGGGCUUUGUAAAUUUGGACUGUAUGAAGUUUUCAAGAAUGUUUAUUCCGACAUGGCAGGACAAGAAAAAGCCUUCACGUACCGCACCAGUCUGUACCUAGCUGCGUCAGCCAGUGCCGAGUUCUUUGCUGACAUUGCCCUGUGUCCUAUGGAGUCAGUGAAAGUGAGGAUUCAAACUGCCCAUGGCUGGGGCACCACCCUCAGAGAGUGUGCACCUAAACUGUGGCAAGCAGAGGGAAUCGCUGGCUUCUAUAAGGGUCUUCCUCCACUAUGGUCGCGUCAGAUAUUUUACACAAUGAUGAAGUUUGCUGCAUUUGAGCGGACCGUGGAGUUGGUUUACAAGCAUGUGGUACCUGUGCCCAAAAAUGAACUAGGGAAGGGCUCUCAACUGGUGGUCACUUUCGCUGCUGGCUACAUUGCUGGUGUGUUCUGUGCUGUUGUGAGCCACCCUCAGGACUCCAUUGUUUCUAAACUGAACUCAAACGUUGGCAGUUCAGCUCUACAAGUAGCAAAAGAUUUAGGAAUGAAAGGCAUGUGGAAAGGCCUUGGCCCAAGAAUAUUGAUGGUUGGCACACUUACUGCUAUGCAAUGGUUUAUCUAUGACUGGGUGAAAGUGAUCCUACACCUGCCACGCCCACCUCCUCCAGAGAUGCCUGAAAGCCUUAAAAAAAAGAUUCAAUCUGGCUACUGUACAUGUUCUAUGAUGCCUAAACUCAAGACACAAUAAAUUCAAAAGCGCCGCCAAGAAGGAAUCACCAAAGCCUCUCAAUCUCUCUCAACCAACCUGCAAGCACCAGUAUUAAAUGACAGUCCGGUAAUACUCCUACUCUCACUGACACUCCAGCAUCUGCUGCCCCAUUGAUCAGCCAUUGUCAUCUGAUUCUGAAUCAAUAACGGUUGCUUCACUCUGACGUAACGUUCGAUACGUUUGGAGCCCUCACGAAAGAUCUACUAGAAGAAUUUGUGAGCAAUUGGGUUGCCUCUCUACCACAUGAAGAUCUCUAUUCUCUUUCACUACUGCUGUUCCACAUUAAUUAAUUCUUAUGCAGGAGUUUCAGCUCCUGAUAUAUAUACCCUGCAUCCAAGAUAAUAGGCAAAUACCUCAUGAAGAAUUUCAAGACCGUGCGAAAGUGGAAAUUGUUAAAAACAAAGGUGAAGUACCUGUACUUUUGCGAGGACAACAUAAAAGAAUGAAUACUGCAUGCAAGGAAAAAGAGCUUAU